UCUGUCAGAAGGGCUGGCUGUUGAGCGCGCCGGCGUUGGCUGAACCCACACGGGUGUGCGGGCCGCUGCCCGGGCAAGGAACCUCUGCGACCGUUGGUCCGUUUUGUCAUAUUGACGGGGAUAAAUCUCUCGAUACCGACUGACUUGCUCCCGGAAAGGAGACAGACAUUCGAGACGCCUUCAUCCUUCUGCGGACGGCGAGCCCAGCGUUUGCAGCGUCCGCGGUUGGCAGUUUUGCCAGGUAUUUGCCACAUUGAAAAAUGGCUAAUGGACAGGACCGGGUAGUUGCUCUAGUGGACAUGGACUGUUUUUUUGUUCAAGUGGAGCAGCGGCAAAAUCCUUAUUUGAGAAAUAAACCUUGUGCAGUUGUACAGUACAAGUCAUGGAAGGGUGGUGGAAUAGUUGCAGUGAGUUAUGAAGCUCGUGCAUUUGGGGUCACUAGAAACAUGUGGGCAGAUGAUGCUAAGAAGUUAUGCCCAGAUCUUCUACUGGCACAAGUUCGUGAGACCCGUGGAAAAGCUAACCUCACCAAGUACCGGGAAGCCAGUGUGGAAGUGAUGGAGGUAAUGUCACGUUUUGCUGUGAUUGAACGUGCCAGCAUUGAUGAAGCUUAUGUAGACCUGACCAGUGCUGUACAAGAGAGACUGAAAAAGCUGCAAGGUCAGCCUAUCUCAGCAGACUUGUUGGUGACCACCUACAUUGAAGGGUUGCCCCGAGGCUCUACAGCAGCAGAAGGGACUGUUCAGAAAGAGUUGAAGCGGAAACAAGGCUUACUGCAAUGGCUAGAUUCCCUUCCGAUUGGUGACGCCACCUCUCCAGACGUGCAGCUCACCGUGGGAGCAGUGAUUGUGGAGGAAAUGAGAGCAGCCAUCGAGAGGCAGACUGGCUUUCAGUGUUCAGCUGGAAUUUCACACAAUAAGGUCCUGGCAAAACUGGCCUGUGGAUUGAACAAGCCCAACCGCCAGACCCUGGUCUCACAUGGGGCAGUACCGCAACUCUUCAGCCACAUGCCCAUUAACAAAAUCCGUAGACUCGGAGGAAAGCUAGGGGCCUCUGUCAUUGAAAUCCUGGGGGUAGAAUACAUGGGUGAACUGACCCAGUUCACUGAAUCUCAGCUCCAGAGUCAUUUUGGGGAAAAGAAUGGAUCUUGGCUAUAUGCCAUGUGCCGUGGUAUUGAACAUGAUCCAGUUAAACCCAGGCAGCUGCCCAAAACUAUUGGCUGCAGCAAGAACUUCCCAGGAAAAACAGCUCUGGCUACUCGGGAACAGGUACAAUGGUGGCUUUUGCAAUUAGCCCAGGAACUAGAGGAGAGAUUAAUGAAGGACCGAAAUGAUAAUGACAGGGUGGCCACCCAGUUGACUGUGAGCAUUCGUGUACAAGGAGACAAACGUCUCAGCAGUCUGCGCCGCUGCUGUGCCCUUACCCACUAUGAUGCUCACAAGAUGAGCCAUGACGCAUUUGCUGUCAUCAGGAACUGCAAUACUUCAGGAAUCCAAACCGAAUGGUCCCCUCCCCUCACAAUGCUUUUCCUUUGUGCUACCAAAUUCUCUGCGUCUGCCCCUUCAUCUUGCACAGACAUCACUGUCUUCUUGAGUAACGACUCAAGUUCUCUGCCAAAGGUGCCAAUUACCAGUCCAGAAACUAAGACCCAGGGAAGUGGCCCAUCGGUUACAGCCACUAAGAAAGCAACCACUUCUCUGGAAUCAUUUUUCCAAAAAGCUGCAGAAAAGCAGAAAGUCAAAGAAGCUUCACUUCCGUCUCUAACUUCCACUACCCAGGCCCUCAAGAGCAAUUCACCACGCAAGCCCUCAUUACCUUUCCAAACCAGCUGUAUUACAGGAAUCGAGCCCUUCUUUAAGCAGAAAAGUCUGCUUCUAAAGCAGAAACAGCUUAAUAAUCCUUCAGUUUCCUCCCCUCCAAAAAAUCCACAGUCUAGUCCUAAAAAGUUACCAAACAGUUUUCCAACAGAGUAUCCAGAUUCUUGCCCUGUCUGUGAAGAGGUUUUGAAGCUAGAAUCCUGUAAAGCACCGCCUGCAGAGACGGAUUUGGCUGAGAACAGCCCCAGCAGGCUUGCUUCUUUAAGUUCCAAGUCUGCUCUGGAGGUGGCUCAGAAGGCAACUACUACCCCGAGUCUUCUGGCUGCUGAGGACCAAGUGCCCUGUGAGAAGUGUGGCUCUCUGAUACCUGUAUGGGAGAUGCCGGAACAUAUGGACUAUCAUUUUGCACUGGAGUUGCAGAAAUCCUUUUUGCAGCCCCAGUCCUCAGACCCCCAGCUUGCGCCUCCCAUUUCUCCUCAAGGCAAAAGAAAUCCAAAGAGCCCUUUGGCCUCCAGUAAUAAGCGCCCUAGGCCUGAGGGCAUGCAGACAUUGGAAUCAUUUUUUAAGCCAUUAACCCACUAGUGCUGCCCUCAGGCUUGCUGCAGGGUUUUAAUAUUUUAUCUAUAACCUGGGAAAUGGAAAUAUGUUCACUUUUCAAAGAAAUUCCUAACUUUAUAAAAAAAUUUAUAAGAAAAAUAAUGCAGUUAAAUGCUGAGUUAAGGCUCCCAUCUCUUCAUGGGCAUGGAUUCUAAUUUCAUUGCUGAUAGAGAUGUAAAAAUUAAUCUUCCAGAGAUACAACUGCUUUGAGUUUUUAAUGGUUAAGUGUUCAGGAAGGCAGAGUCACAUAGUGGGAAAUAUGCUGGCCUUGGAGCCUGAGAGAUCUGCUUCCAAACCUGGCUCUGCCUCUUGGAGUAUAUGGCCUUGAGCAAGUCUCUUUCCUCACUUUUCCUCGUCUUUGAGAUAAUGAGCAAAACUGAGAGAAUGUGUUACAGAGUAUUGAAGAUUAAGAACAAUUUAUUAAAGCACUGUAGCGCAGGAAAGGGACUGAGGAAAAAGUUUUUAAAAAAUUUCCCCCCUGCCCGGCCAGCGUGGCUCAGCAGUUGAGCAUCGACC